UCUAAUUUCGCAGUAUCACAUCUGCACACAGUUUUACCGCCACUACGCUGGGAAACUAUUCAGCCUAACUAUAAAGAUAAGUAAAUAUAUGUACAGGUUUAUUAACCUGACAAUGAUAUUAAAGAAGCUUAAAUCUGCUAGCCCGUAAUCUUGGCUUUUCCGCGAAAUAUCGACAAUAAAAAUUUACAAUUUCGUAGAAAUAGAUAAAACGCAAAUGAAUGGGCAAUGCAGUAAUUCGGUUUCUGAGCUGAGAAAACUUGAAACAAUAUAAAAAGUAAGAAUAAAUUAACGUGAAAAUACUACUUUGAUUAGUUGAUGGUUGAACGCUUUUAGUGCAUAAAAUUUUAUUGCAUUCGGGAAGAUCGAAGUCAAGGUCUUUUUAACACCUGAUUGGCCCCAACAGAUUUUCAAGAUGCAUUUGAACGACGAAUUUAUGCGAACGAAAAUUUACGAGUCUAAUUAUUGUAGUGAUUAGUUCGACGUUUCUAUCACAAAAUGUCCUUGAUGAGAUAUAUGUACGAAGUCGAUAACAGUUCUCGAUGAGAGAUCGUCGUAUCGAGGUUCUCGUGCGAUAAAGCGAAGGUCUAGCUAUUUAACAUAGAUAGAAACUGGUCCUAAAAAAUCUACGAAGAAACCAGUGACUUCUACCAUGGUAUUUCUGCGCUUAUUGUUAUUUCGUUCUUGACCAAUUCGUUAGACGCAAUUCAGUGUGUCGUAUUAGGCAAUCUCUGAUAUUUUUUCAUACAUUGUAACUUCGAGUUGAAUAGAAAAUUAUCGAAACAAUUUUUGUCCUAUUCUAGCAACCUAAUUUGCAAGCAAUAUAGCUAAUUUGUUGUUACGUAUAUCAGUUCGUGUACAUGCUAUAUACAUAAGUUUGCAUAUAACGACCUCGCAUAUACAUAAACUCGCAUAACUGGAACGCAAAUAUUGACAGUUGACUAUAAUGAUGCGCAGGUGAUAUGUGACAGUUUUUGAUGAACUUACGGCUGCAAACUAUUGGAUAUGUAUUUUUCUAUUUCAUUUCUUCCAUCUGAUGCCGUUCGAAAUUCUUUGUAGUUCAAAUUAUGAAUUUAUCGAACAUUUACAAUGGUCAGCAUCGUCUCACAAUUUUGAGUUCAUCAAAGGUGGAGUUCAGUUAAGAAUCUUUUUUUAAAAAUUAAUAAAUAAAUGUCUGUAUUUACCUAGGAGAUUUUGUUACGCUUUUAUGAUUUGAAUUAUGAAUUUAUAAAAUGAAUAUAUGACCGUGUAUAGUUCGAAAGCAUACAGAUUGUAUUUUUAUUCAUAGUUUUCACAAAUUAACUCUGUGUCUUAUGAAUUGUUUUCUCUCUGUUUUCUCUCUGUUUUAUAUGAUUUAUUUAUUACACUCGUUAAAUCUAAUUACAUAUUAGCUUUCAAAAUACUGUGAAUAAUACGAUCACCGCAGAUCAUCGAGACACUACUUACUUUACUACGUAACUUGAUUUCCAAUUUUACCAAUUCAGACGAAACUUUAGAUUAGAAUAAGGAUUCGGCUUGAACAUAAUUCUUAUUUCUAACGAUUCAUGUUCUGUCACUUGAACCACUUCUUCCGAGUCCCUUCGAUCAUAUACGCAUUUCCCCCCUCCACUGUUAAAAAUUCCAGUAACAUUCCAAAACGCAAAGAGUGCAAUUAGUCACGAACCGUCUCUUCUUCUCGUACAAUUAUGAAACAUUCAAAUAGAAAUUUAGCUCAAUAUCGUAAGACAGGAAGUUCGAAAUUUUACCACUUGUGCCACUUUUCUUUUUUAUUCUUAAAGAUUUUGAAAGCUCGUUUCGAAAUACCAAUGUGCAAUUGCAAUUUUUCGCGAAUCGUCAGUUUUCUCUAUAAAGGACUGGUUUUUCAGGAAGCGAAGCGAAACGACAGCUAGCGGACGUCGCACAACACCGCGGCGUUGUCUUCUCGUAGUACGCGAUCAUUUGGCUCCUUUUUCUUUCUUCGUCAUCCGCUUAUUCCUGUCGUGGAAUGCCUCGACAAAAGAAAUUGCGUAUCGUUGAUACAAGUAUCGUCAAAUUACGCGAACAUCGCUCGAAUCUGUAGGAUGGCGCCGAAUAUUCGACGCUGGAAUUGCAUAAGUUUUACGCAGCGCGCAGAAUGCACGCGGAAACGCAGGGUCGAUUAUCGAUUUUUCUGCGGCCGGAUCAGCCGGUUUGCCUUGCAACCUGUCUACACACCGUAUACGAGUCACGUGCAUUUUAUUCGCGCUGCUAGGCGCGCAUCUGUGAAAUUACUCGCUUUACGACCCCGUUGCAUGUGCUUCGCGAUCCUUGCCUCAACGUUUGUCCUGUUAACUGCGUCGGAUGUCUCAAGCAAAAUUGGUAAUUGAUUUUUAAGCGGCUGAUAACAGGCUUUGUGUAACGUGCCAUUGAUUGGACCGGAUUGAUAGGAAUGAACGAUAAGCUGCAAUCGUUUUUGGAACGAGAGCCUUUCCAUCGCUGAACAGAUUGCAGUAAUUGGAACGAUGUUUGUUUGGAGCUCAAUGGAGAUAUAGAUUAUAGUUGUUAGAUUGUGGAUUUCUGUGCAUUUAUGGGACAUUUGAAAGUACAAAAUUGCACAGACCGUACAUAUUAUGAAGAUAUAUAUAUAUGUGAAAUAUACAAAGUAUAGAGCUUUGUAUAAUGCUUGAUAGAUAAAGCAAUUUUUUAAUUGUAUUCUCAAAAAUAUUAAUUCGCAUUAAAAUUAAUCUUCCAAAUCUAAUAAUUAUUGUCCGAAUAUUAAGUACAUAGAGUGUUUACUGUGGUUUGUGUAAGCUAUAAGUCUUAAUUUGGAAUAAAGAUAACGAUGUUUAAAGAUUUAUCUGAUUCAGGGAUGGAGGAUUAGAAUAACGAAGGGAAGGUCUUCGUUCGAAAAGAAAAUAUUUGAAUAGAUAUUGCAUAGUACAAUAGCUUGCAGGAUUGAAAUAUUUUUUCAUAAAGUUAGGUGCUUUGUAGUAUGUGGUUACGUUAUCGUAGAUAGAGCUAGUUUUAUCGAUGCAAAAAUAGACAUACGUCAUCCUUUUCUUUAACCUAGAAAUAGCGUGUAGAAUGAAAUAGGCAGUAAGUGGAUCAAAUAUGCAUAGAGUAUUCUUUUAUAAAAUACACAACGUUACGUUACCAUGUAAAUUUGCAAUCAUGGUUUCUAAAGGAUUAAAGUCGACGCUUCGAGUGAAAUAUUUCUACAGGCAUAGUUUACAAGGAAAAAGUAGAGGUUAAGGAAAUAAUAAAAUUGUAUUCAUCGCGUUCAGAAACCACACUGAUACAAUUCUCGAGAAUAUCAAUCGAUAUUUCGUGACGCAGAAACAUUAUAAAAAUAUUCUGUAAGUUGUGAAUUCAACUGAAAGGAAACUGCAAGAAAUUUUAUAUAAAGCGGCGUUUUCUUGUAAUUUAAAUGUUCCCGCUUCCCGACGUCAGUCAGUCUAGCCAAUAGGUAACUACACGUGACGCAAGGAACAAAGUUGGAAAGGUAGUACAACGUAUAACAUCGAUUCGUGAAGGUUGCCGUGUGAUCCAUAGAUCAUAAAGUUGCACACGUGCACGAUCGAUAGUUAAAAAACUUGUCUCGUCAAGUUCGAACGCUCUAGAGAAGAUCUUUCCUGUGGAUCAGCAAGUACAUCGAUCGCAAACACUCGAAGAAUCCUUGAUAUAAGUUAACACUUAUGUAACAAAACGUGGAGGUAAGGAGUAGAUUAGAUGAAAAGUUUGGGAAGCGGUAAAUUUAAACUCUGCACAGCUAGAGAAGAAGAAGAAGAUAGAACAAUUUGUAAAAGAAUACAUCGAAUUAAAUUCAAUUUACGAAGAGUACAAAAGGAUAUUAUUAAAACUGAAUCCUGUCUAAAAGAACUUUAAGUUGCUCGUAAUAACGAGGUUUUAAGAUUAAGUAAGAAAUUUAAAAAAAGAACCGAUAACCUAGCUCGAUGAUAUUUUCGCGGUUUAUCGUUUGAUUUACGUAUGUGGCUUUGUAUAUAUUCUUAAAAUCAACGUCACAGUAGGAUUGCUAAUAAAAAAGAUAGACAAGGCUUGAUUCAAUUGGUUCGUCGCGAUUGAUAAGUCGCUCAACGGAAAAAAAUAAUGUCGAACAUGAACAGAAGCCUUCUGAGUGUUUCGUGGAAUACGUUAAAGUUGUUGAGAACUUCGAUGAAAUCUGGUUGGAUGUGGGCAAGGUUAGCCUCCAGUCAAUGUGACGUACCCAUGGUGGUCCCUAAAGAGGAGGUGGUUAGAUUCGUAUCUGAGUGCAUGUGCAAGGCUGGAACAUCGCUCGAGGAUGGUUGUAUCGUUGGCCAUCAUUUGAUGGUCGCCGAUUACCGUGGCCAUUUUAGCCAUGGAAUGAACAGAAUGCAAAUGUACGUGCAGGAUAUUAAGGACGGAAUGACCAAUCCUACUGCGAAGCCAGAGAUCCUUACGGAUUUUCAGGCGAUAGCGUUGGUCAACGGGAACAACGGUUUGGGCCAGGUGAUCGGUAAAUUUUGCAUGGAACUGGUCAUAAAGAAGGCGAAGAAGUUCGGUAUCGGGAUGGUGUCGACUUGUGGGUCGAAUCAUUAUGGCAUCUGUGGUUACUACACGAAAAUGGCGAUCGACCAAGGUCUCGUGGGCUUCUCCUGCACCAAUACGAGUCCUCUGAUGGCACCGACCCGUAGCAAGUGUGCGGGUUUAGGCACGAAUCCGAUAUCUUUGGGAAUGGGAGCGUCGAACAACGAUGAGUUCGUGUUGGAUAUGGCCACGACAGCCGUUGCUCUGGGCAAAAUCGAGCUAGCUAUCAGGAAGAACGAAGCCAUUCCCUCGGGCUGGGCGCUUGGGUCCGAUGGGAAGGUUACCACAAACGCCGAAGAAGCGUACAAAACUUCUCUUUUAUUACCUGUUGGUGGAGAGGAACACACUAGCGGCUACAAAGGCUAUGGACUAGCUUUGAUGGUCGAGGUACUUUGCGGAAUUCUGUCUGGAAGCGAGUUUGGUCCUAAUAUCAGACAGUGGAAGACCAAAGAAAAAAUUGCUAAUCUUGGGCAGUGUUUCAUGGCCAUAAAUCCGGAAGCUUUUGGUUGUGGAUCGAAGGAGAGAUUAGGUCAGUUGUUGAAACAGUUGAGAAAUUUGGCUCCCGCCGAAGACAAACCUGUUUUGAUACCUGGAGACCUGGAGAGGGCAGCCAUGGAACGCGUGGAUAAAGAGGGUGGUAUUACGUAUCAUCCCAAUCAGAUACAGGCGUGUAAAGAAUUCGCGAAAGUUAUGGGAGUCGAGCCUCUGAAACUCAUUCCCAAGAAUGGUUAAUCAAGAAAUUAGUUUUGUUUAGUACCUGGUAGGUACCUGAUGGUUCUUAAGAAAUUACUCAUUGAGAUUGAACCUUUUUAUUGUAUUUAUAUCUAUUAACUUUUAGAUCAUUAUUUCGUAUUGUUGUUGCUAUGUGUAUAUUAAUAUUAGCAAUAGAUCUGAUAAUUACAUUGCGACUGCGAUCUAUAGUACAUAUCAAACAAUGCAUUAAUAUGUUUACUACACAUUAUUAUAUUGUGUAUACUCUACGUUUGGAGAAAAGUCUCUAACCAACAAAAUACUCUUCAAUGAUGCUUUUUCACGCAAGAUCUAUGAAUGUUCUAACAGCAAUCUACUCAAAUUUUUCUAACAUACGCAUGUAAUAUACAAAGCUCAAGGAAAUGCAAUUCCUCAUAUUUUAUACGAUAUUGUAAACACGGCUUUUAUACUUAUAAAAGAAGCUACACGAAUAUACACGAUCAUCGAUGUUUUUA